AUGACAUCCAAAAGCGUCCAAGAAGCGCGCUUCAUCGCCGCCCCCGACGCAAAAGCACCCAGCGACUCGGAAACCGAGGGCCCUCUCCUCGCCGAGUUCUACGAGCACAGGAGACGCGAGGCCACCGUCUACGACGCAGUCGCAGGCAACGUCACCACCACCGGCGCCCUCCCCAAGGACUCCCGCCACCGCCGCCGCGGCCCGGGCACCUCGGGCCGCGACCCCGUCCUCGCGCCGGAGGAGGUCCUCUUCCAGCGCCGCGGCGCGCCCCAGCGCUACGCCGAGCGCGACGUCUACUUCGCCAACGAGCGCGACCUCGGCCCCGGCGGCGACGCCCUGCCCGACAGCGACCUGCUCAAGGCCGUGCACGCCUACGCGAGCGACUUUUACGAGGCCAUGGCCGUUCGUAGCGGCGGCGGCGGCGGCGGCGGCGGCGGCGGGGAUCACGACAACUCCUCCUUCUUCGUGGGCUCGCGGCACGUCGACGAGCGCAGCAUGGACGAGACGGCCCUGCUCGCCUUUGGCAUCCUGCUCGAGGAGGCCGGGCGGGAGGCCCUGGGCAGGAGGGGCGACCUCGUCUUCACCGAAGGGGUGACCCUGCUGCACCACCACCACCACCACCACCACCACAGGGACGGGGACAGCGUCGCACAGGGUGGCGGUCGCGAGCGCGGGACGGACGCAGGGGAGCAGCAGCGGGAGGAGGGCGAGGGGAGGGAGGACGACGACGACGAGCAGGACUACGAGGGCCGUCGUGCCAUGCGGCGGCGAGGACGCGGCUCGCGCGGUGCGGCGGCCGGCCUUGUCGGCGGCGGGAGCAGCAGCAAGGAGGUGUCUGUCGGCCUGGAGGGCGACGACUUCUGGCGGAGGAGGCUGCCCAAGAGGCGCAAGGUCGCAGAGGACAGGCACGGCUAG